AUGACAGGGAAGAGCAGCGAACUGGUAGACAUGAUGGCACGAAGGAAGCUGGACAUACUGUGUGUGCAAGAGACAAGAUGGAAGGGCAGUAAAGCGAGAGAACUUGGAGCUGGCUACAAAUUAGUCUACCAUGGGGAAGUCAGUGGAAGAAAUGGAGUGGGUGUGGUGGUGAAAGAAAAGCAUAUUAAUGGCGUGCUUGAAGUACAUAGAAUGUCAGAUAGGAUAAUGAGUGUGAAACUGGAAACAGAAGGAUUGGUGUCAAACAUUAUUUCAGCGUAUGCACCACAGGUGGGAUGCGAUCGAGAGGAUAAAGAGGAGUUCUGGGAGAAAUUAGAUGAUCUGAUUCAGUUGAUUCCAAGAGAAGAAAGGCUAAUCAUUAGAGCAGAUUUCAAUGGACACAUCGGCGAGGGAAACGGAGGAGACGAGAGAGUGAUGGGAAAGUCUGGGUAUGGCACACGCAAUGUAGAGGGCCAAGACAUUGUAGACUUCGCUCACCGCAUGGAAAUGGCUGUAAUAAACACCUUCUACAACAAGCGGGAAUCACACAAGAUCACGUACACAAGUGGAGGCAGGCAGACGCAAAUUGACUGCAUCAUGGGCCGAAGAACACACCUGAGAGAAGCGCGAGAUUGCAAGUUCGAGCCAGGGGAAAGCGUUGCUAAACAAUACCACGUAGUGAUUAGUAGAUGGGAAUGGAGAUGCGGGCGAGGACAACAGCUGAGGAUAGAACCGAAGAUCAGAUGGUGGGCGCUGGGGGAGGAGAAGCCGAGCACCAAGUUUAGGCUUAGGGUGAGGCAAAAGUGGAUUGGGGCUUGGAUGGUACCUGGGAAGAUGUUGCAAAUGUAUUGA